AUGGCGGCCGCCCCGGAGGAGACGGUGUCCCUGCGGCGCCUGGUCUCGCAGUGCGUGGACCUGGCCCAGCGCGCCGGCGCGCUGAUCCGGGGCAUUUCGGAGAAGGCGGCGACGGAGGAAGGAAGGGAGGCGCUGCGCUUGCACGACAAGGGCUCCGGCACUGGAAACUUCGAUCCGCAGACCGUGGCCGACCGCCAGGCACAGCGAUGCGUGGUCGAGAACUUGCGUGCCCUCUACGGCGCUUCCUUGCGGGUGGUGGGCGAGGAGGGCGAUCUGGGGCUCGAGGAUUCGGGAGAUGGCGAGCCCGUGGAGAUCCGCGAGCCCUCGGCGUCCCUGCUUUCGGAUGUCUGGCCGGAGGAGAGGGUUUUUAGGAGGGACGUGGUCCUACCUCUGUCGGAGCUCUGCAUUUGGGUCGACCCGCUGGAUGGUACUAAGGAGUUCACUCAAGGUCGCUACGAAUUCGUGUCCACCUUGAUCGGGGUCAGCCAGCUCGGUCAGCCCGUGGCCGGCGUCAUUUCUGAGCCCUACAACGUCGACCCAAAGGGAUCCCUUGGGCGCAUCCUCUGGGGGUGCUGCGUCGACCCUGGUGUGGCGGUGCACCUCUUUGGUGACGCCUCAUGGCAGCGUCCACCCCGACCCCCGGGGCGGUGCCUGACUCUGGUGUCGAGAUCGCGAACGGCCGGAGAGGUCGCCGAGGCACUGGAGCGACUGGGCGAGCCGGGCACCGCGGGGCCGUGGCCUCCCGGGGACGCCGGGCCUUUGGUGACCGGGACCUUGGAAACCGGGGGAGCUGGUCACAAGGUGGCUCGUGUGGUGGACGGAGCUGCAGACUUGUGGCUCUUUCCAAGACCGGGAACAUCUCGAUGGGAUACCUGUGCGGCGGAAGCGAUGCUGGAGGCUUGCGGCGGAGUGCUCAGGGACCGCAGCGGGGGCCGGAUCUGCUACGACCCCGACACCAGCAUGGGGAACUCGGAGGGCGUCCUCGCGGGGGCCGACGAGGCCAUCGUGGCCGCAGCCGUGCGCGUCUGUGCGACGCUGGACGUGGCCAAGGACAGCGCCGGCCGGCCGCUUCUGAGGCCCUGGCUGGAACAGGCGUUGAAGCUCCCGGAGAAGUCUUUGCGGGCUUUCUGCGUGGAGGAGGACUGCGUGAGGGGCACCCACGCCUCGGUCAUGCGCUUGAAGCUGUGCUUCUCCACCGAUGGAGUGCCGGUGCCCGAGGCUUUGAUCCUGAAGCGCGCUGCACCCCGUGACUCCCUGCACGUGGCCCUCUACACCCGGGAGUGCCUUUUCUUUGAGACCUGCAGCCCAAUGCUCCGGGAUCAGGGUGUGCAGAUCCCAGAGAUUUUCUACGAGGAGACGACGGACGGCGGCUGCUUCUUGCUUAUGGAAGAUCUCAUUGACAAGUCUUUCCACAAGGAGCCGGUGCUCGAAACGGAGGAGCUUGCUUCUGCUUUGGUCGGACUGGCAAGGCUGCACGGAUGCAGCUACGAGAGCGAGCUUUUCCUGAGCGCCGUUGCCGCCCUCCCCGAGGUACCAGACACGCAGCCCAGCGCCAAGCAGGCGGGUGAGCUUUGGAACAAGUUCUUGAGCUCCGUCCCCGGGAUGCGGGAGUCGGAUUCCCUGGCGGUGGUGCAAGACUUCGGCACGCGCCUUGCGGCCCUCAGCGAAAAGGCUCAGCAAGGCUCCAAGAAGUGUGUCGUCCACGGCGACUUCUGCUCCGAAAACAUUUUCCUGGACAGCAAAGGGGACACCCUCUUCAUCGACUUCAAGCAUGCCUCGAUCGGAUGCCCAUCAUCGGAUGUCGCCUGCCUACUCCUGAGCUCGGCCUUCCUCGAGGACCUGACGCAAGGAAAGCUCCUG